UCCUGGUAAGAUCACCGCCGCAGAAAGGUUCACUCACCCGGUCAAGAUGAAGCCAGUGUCACUUUUCCUGUUGGCCGUUUAUCUGCUGGUGGUUCAGGCCGAAGAUUCCGCUGGACGAACCUUUGGCUUCGGGCAGAGCCACCCAGCACUGCAGCACGCCCAUCAUGGCCACGGCAUGUCCCCCCAGACUCAAGGGCAUUUCAAUCACGUUCUGCCGCCACACCACGGUUCUGACGCCGGUCAUGCUCACGGGCAUUCGCAUCACGGUCAGGCCACCAGCGGUCACCAGCACCAAGUUGUCCAUGGGCAUCAGCACAACCACCAGCAGCCCGUGCAGCCCGGUGCCGCUACUGAGCCCGCUGCAUCAAACGUGCACACGGUCCCAGUCCUGAUGUGCCGCGUCGUCAAGGUUCCCGUGAACACCCCGGUACCCACUGUGCCGCCGAGGUCUGACUCCAGCUCAUCUGGGACCCAUGGUGUGGGCAGCCAUAUUGCCCACUCUAUAAGUCACGUCUUCGGUACCGUCGUCAACCCUGUGGUGGCCCUCUUGAGGAACGCUUCAGUUUGGCUGAACCGGACUACUCACGGAGACAACGGGGCCGCUGCUCACCACCACAACCACCACCAUCAGUCUGCUGUUCCCCAUUCACUGGUCCUCCAGAAGAAAGUGCAAGUCAUCGGACAACGUGAUAACAUACCUAAUGGGCCUGCCUCGAUUUCCACUCGUCCGGCUUCAGUCACUUCUGCACCCACAACGCCCAGUCCUGCACCUGCAGUCGCAAGCACAGUCUCCUCGGCCACCACUCUUUCCCGCCUGACAACGGUACCGCCGUUCGCUCCGACAGCCCUUCCUACCGUCGGUGCCGCGGCACCUUCUCUGCGAGGCCCGGUUCCCCGCGAUGGCACCUUCCUCGUCACAACUACCACUGUUCCUUCUACUGAUGUUCCUUCUUCUGCUCCAGCAAACGUCUCCUCCGCACCCCCUGUGCUGUUCCCGGUGACCGACUCUUCCACGUCCACUUUGUCGACCGUCGUGUCAUCUACUCUUCCCGCCGCGCAUAUUACAACCCUUGCUGCUUCUACCACUGCCCCGGAUUCGCUCAACUUCCGUGCCAUCCCAUUCACGCCUACCACAGCCUCGUCUGAACUACCUGCUACAACUCCCGCAGAUGCCACGUCAACUGCGGCAAUCUCGGUCGAAACAACUGCGGCAUUUCUUGACCCCACGGUUGUAACUACUCAACAUCCUCAGCCUGCUGAAGUGACCACUACACACUUGCCAAGCACUGCUUCCAUUGAGACCCCACGUCGCGGUGUUACCCUGGAUCCACGUGCUGGUCCUUUCACUCUCCUAGUUACUUCAUCUAAAGUGCCUGCCACUGGCCUUGCGCUGCAGGAGCAGUCAAACGCCGCCACCAGUCCCCCUUCAACACUUCCAGUUGAGCCUCGUGCCUUGACUACGUCUCCACCCGAAGCCACUACUUCGCUUCCGGUGGCUACGGAUGCCCCUUCGUUGCCGUUACCCGGGACCACCCUGCCUCCAACUGCGGGAACCACUUUUGCCCGGAUGUCUACUGUGGUUCCCAUUGAUCCUGUAACGAACAGGGUCCCACCAGUGACGACUACGGCAGCAGGUACCCUUGCCCCAGUACCACUCUCCACAACCAAGCUUCCAGUCCGGUUGCUUUCCACAACCCUGGGCUCUACUACCUCACCGCUGGCGAAGUUCACGUUCUUCGGUGUUCGUUCUGUCCGCCCCGAAACUCGCUGA